CGGAGGGGUCUGCGCAUGCGUCGUUGGCGCGCUUUUACCCCCGCGGCCUCCGUAGUGGGUCCCGGAAGCGCGGGCCCGAAGGGACGCCAUGGAGAAGUACGAGCGGAUCCGGGUGGUGGGGAGAGGCGCCUUCGGCUCCAGCCGCCCCCUGCCCCUCUGCUCUGCAUCCUGUGCGAAAGCGCCUGGCUUGGACCUGAAUUCCAGUCCCACCUCUGGCACUAUAGCUGUGUGAUCACUGCAAGUCACUCAAUCUCUGGCACCCUCAGUUUUUCCAUCUGUAAAAUGGGGAUCGUGCACCUGUGCCUUCGGAAGGCCGACCAGAAGCUGGUGAUCAUCAAGCAGAUCCCAGUGGAGCAGAUGACCAAGGAUGAGCGGCUGGCCGCCCAGAACGAGUGCCAGGUGCUCAAGCUGCUGAACCACCCCAACGUGAUCGAGUACUACGAGAACUUCUUGGAGGACAAGGCCCUCAUGAUCGCCAUGGAGUACGCCCCAGGGGGCACGUUGGCCGACUACAUCCAGAAGCGCUGCAACUCCCUCCUGGACGAGGACACCAUCCUGCACUUCUUCGUCCAGAUCCUGCUGGCCCUGCACCAUGUGCACACCCACCUCAUCCUCCACCGGGACCUCAAGACCCAGAACAUCCUCCUGGACAAGCAGCGGAUGAUCGUCAAGAUCGGUGACUUCGGCAUCUCCAAGAUUCUGAGCAGCAAGAGCAAAGCCUACACUGUGGUGGGUACCCCCUGUUACAUCUCCCCAGAGCUGUGUGAGGGCAAGCCCUAUAACCAGAAAAGCGACAUCUGGGCCCUGGGUUGUGUUCUCUAUGAGCUGGCUAGCCUCAAGAGGGCCUUUGAGGCUGCGAAUCUCCCAGCCCUGGUGCUGAAGAUCAUGAGUGGCACCUUCGCACCCAUCUCAGAUCGAUACAGCAUUGAACUCCGCCAGCUGGUGCUCAGCCUGCUGAGCCUGGAGCCUUCCCGACGGCCCCCACUGAGCCACAUCAUGGCCCAGCCCCUCUGCGUCCGGGCGCUGCUGAAUCUCUACACUGAUGUGGGCAGCGUCAGGAUGAAGAGGGUAGAGAAGCCCCUGGGCAGUGUGCCCGCGAUGCCGUGUGGCCGAGCAGGCGGCAGGACAGGCGGCCCCCGAUCCCGCGGUGUGCCCCAGGGACUGCCCCGGCCAGCCAUCCCCCCUCCCCUGUCCUCCGUCUACACCUGGGGUGGCGGGCUCAGCGUCCCCACGAGACUGCCCAUGCUCAACACUGAGGUGGUCCAGGUCUCGGCCGGGCGCACCCAGAAGGCUGGCGUCACUCGGUCCGGGCGCCUCAUCAUGUGGGAGGCGCCUCCCAUGGGCGUCGGUGGAGGCAUCCUGCUGCCGGGAGCCUUGGAACAACACCAGCCUCAGUUCAUCUCCCGCUUUCUGGAGGGCCAGUCGGGAGUGACUGUCAAGCAUGUGGCUUGUGGGGACCUCUUUACUGCCUGUCUCACUGACAGAGGCAUCAUCAUGACCUUCGGCAGUGGCAGUAACGGCUGCCUGGGCCAUGGCAGCUUCACCGACCUCAGCCAGCCUACGAUUGUGGAGGCCCUGCUGGGCUAUGAGAUGGUGCAGGUGGCCUGUGGGGCGUCCCACGUCUUGGCCCUAUCCACAGAGCGGGAGCUGUUUGCCUGGGGCCGUGGGGAUGGUGGCCGACUGGGGCUGGGCACCAGGGAAUCUCACAGCUCGCCACAGCAGGUGCCUGUGCCCCCUGAACAGGAAGCCCAGUGGGUGGUGUGUGGCAUUGACUCCUCAAUGAUCCUCACGGUGCCGGGCCGGGCCCUGGCCUGUGGCAGUAACAGGUUUAACAAGCUGGGCUUGGACCGAGUGUCCCCUGGGGAGGAGCCUGGCCCCCAUGACCAGGUGGAAGAAGCCCUGAGCUUUAUGCCCCUGGGCUCUGUGCCCCUCGACUCCGAGCCUCUAGUGAGCGUUGAUGUGGGCACUGCCCACUCCGCUGCUGUAACAGCCUCUGGGCAAUGCUACACAUUUGGCAGCAACCAGCAUGGGCAGCUGGGCACCAGUGCCCGCCGGGGUAGCCGAGCCCCCUGCCUGGUGGCAGGGCUCCAGGGGAUCAAGGUGGUGAUGGUGGCUUGUGGGGAUGCCUUUACCGUGGCCAUUAGCGCAGAAGGAGAUGUGUACACUUGGGGCAAAGGUGCCCGCGGCCGACUGGGGCGCAAGGAUGAGGAUGCUGGGUUCCCUCGGCCUGUGCAGCUGGAUGAAACUCAGCCCUACACAGUGACCUCUGUGUCCUGUUGCCAUGGGAACACCCUGCUAGCCAUCCGCCCUGCCACAGAGGAAUCCAUACCACCCUGAGCACCUCAAGCUGGAUUUCCGCCCCAACAGAGAACAGAGACCUCACCCUCCUCCCCCUGCCACCCCUAGCUGUACUGGGUGUCUGACUCCAGUGUGGGCAAUGCCCCCUGGUCAUUUAGGAUAUUACCUCUAGUGGUGUGACUUAACAGUGAUACAUCAAAGACAUCUCUAGGCGUAGGGGAGCCUGGCACCCUGUGUCCCAGCUCCCCUGGAAUGCCAAGGGCACAGGCCUUCCACGGGAUUGGAAAUGCCAGUCUCAUCCCCCUAGCUCCUUCAGUAAAUGUUAAGUGCCAGCUUCCAUUGCCAGGCACGGUCUGCCUCUCUUCCCCCCACUCCAGGCCUGCAGCACACCCUGUCAGCAUCAAGGCCUGGUUUUGGUCCUCUGAAAGCUUUUGCAAACAAAGUUGGCUGUCAGGAAAGGGGCAGGUGGCCCCUGUCAGGCACUCACCAUGCCAGGCCCCCAGGACACAGGCAUGCAGAGAGUGUAUGUGUGUGUGUGUUUCCCCAAGACCACUUCCCCAAAUCCAGGAUAGGUGAGUGAGUUCAUUUCUCCAACCUGCCAAUGUGGACACUCCACGCUGGGGCUUCAUGGCUCCAAGCCAGUACAGGCAAGUUUGGGCUUGUCCCUAUGGCCUGGAGGAGGGGGAAUGUCCGGAAGGAAAGGUGCCACCCCCACACUGGCAGGGCCAGCAGGUAUCAGAGUUUGCACAGCCACAGAUCUUGGGGGGGAAGAGGCAGUGUGUGGGCCACCUGGGUAAGGGCAGAGGUGUAAAGAUCUACAGGGAGGACGAUAAAAAAGUGGGGAGGGAGGAAGUGGCCAUGUACCCACCUGAUUGGACCUGGCUUCCAGCGUCGGCCAGCCGCCUCCUCUCUGCUCCCUAGACUCAAGCCCUGGAAAGGCCUUCCUGGACAGCUCUCUCCCAGGGCUUGUGUGAGAAGGGACAUUUCCUUAGACAGGCUUCUUGUUGAAGCCCUGGAUGCCAGAGGGGUGCUCUAAAAUGGCAUCUCAUGGUUCCCUUCAGGGAGAGGGGGGGUGUAUGUGUUGGGAGUGGAGGGGAGCCCCACAGGGAUGGGGAGUGAGGCUAAUAAAAGGAAGCCAAAGA